AUGUACAGCACAGAAGUGAGAGUUCCAAGUUUGCCAAUAACCAUGAUUAGAGAAGCUCAAGCAAUAUUUUCACUACUGCUAAUGGCAGCAUGUGCAGUAACCGUGCUGGCAGAUGUGCCACCAUCACCACCACCCCUGACCUUGCCAAAGAUCCCGGGCCUAGUGCCACCAGGGAUCCCAAUCCUAUUGCCACCUGGGAUCCCAAGCCUAUUGCCUCCAGGGUUCCCAGGGCUACUGCCGCCAGGGAACCCGGGUGACAUAGCAAAGUGUUGGUCAUCACUUCAAAAUGUUCCAGGGUGCGCAUGGGAAAUUUAUACCUCAAUCUCUACUGGUAAAUUUGUAGUAGGCCCUGCUUGUUGCAAGGCCUUCCAAGCAAUUGACCAGAAUUGCUUGCUGAAAAUGUUCCCAUUAUUUCCUUCAUUUCCUCCAUUGAUCAAGAGCAACUGCGCUAAGUAA